AGCAGUCGGUAUCUUCAGUUCAAAUCCAAACGGCGACUGGUCGAGACGUCCGCGCGACUCUGCUCGAUUUUGGGCGCGCGUCGCGACAAAACAACCCGUUAGGAAAUUUAUAAUUUCGCAUAAUGGACAAUCAGGCCGAAGAAAUAUUGAAGAACGACCAAUAAGAACGAACGUAUAUUCGACAAUCGUGAACGCAAGAAUCGCAAUCGUUUUCCGUUGGCCCGCCAUCGUUUCUGUUCUGUGUCGUGCUUUCCUUCUUCUGGACCUUGCUGCCUUGGCGACAAUGCUUUUUUCCCUUGCUGCAUUUAAAUAAAUACUUAUUGCACUGUCGCGACGCGUACGCCCAAACAUUUAAUAUAUUUAAUCAGAGUUUGUUUAUUGUUAUUGCUUUUUUAACAUAAAUAAUUUUCACUUAACUAGAGACACUUAAAGCACCAAUCAUUUAUUAUAUUGAUACACGUGACUGCGGAUUAUAUUGUGUAGUGGAAGAUAGAUAGAAAAGAAGAGUGUGAGAGACAAAGAGAGAAAGUGAGACGGAAAGAGGUACGAAGUUCUUAUGUUUUUGCAUAAUCGCUUAUGGAAAUCACCAUAUUAUAUACAUUGUAAACGGAGACGUGUCGUGAACAAUUAAUAGAUGAGCUCCAUCAAACGUUAAAAAUGCAAUCGAUUAUGCUCCAUUUAAAUUGUCUAACAAUCAUAAGAGAAAUAUUUAUUUAAAUUUCACAAAAAAUAUUAACAAUAUAGUGACGAAGUGUUUCAAUUAUCGUAGUAUUAGAACUAUGUAAAGUAUUGAAGGAAAGAUAAAAAGAAGUAGUGUUGAGAGAUUGUGAAGUUUAAGUUUUCGGGACUGGAUCCGUCGGGAACUAUUCAGAACCCUCUGAUCGCGAGUUUUCUCGGAAGACUAUCCGUGAGAAUGGAUGUAGUGUCGAAUGGUAUACUUAUGCCAGCGAAGGUCGUGGAUAUUACUACCUAUAAUUCAUCUUUUUAUUCUCCGCCACCUACAGAAGCAUCGCGAUCUGGAUACGAUUCUAGUAGCGGCGGAGAAUCUGACAAUGAAUACAAUGCUAUUGCUUGUCGUGGAGCCGAUAAUCAAUCUCAAAAUCAGAACACAAAUGCAAGCAAUCAUGGGCAGGGAAAGCAUAUAAACAAAGGAAGAUGGACCAAAGAGGAGGAUGCUGUAUUAAAACAGUUAGUGAGCAAUGCUGAACAACUUGGCACUGGGCUUCGAUGGGACGCCAUAGCCAGCCACUUUCCGGAUCGAAGUGAUGUUCAAUGCCAGCAGAGAUGGGCGAAGGUCGUAAAUCCGGAAUUAGUCAAAGGACCAUGGACAAAAGAGGAAGACGAAAAAGUAGUGGAAUUAGUAGAACGAUACGGACCGAAGAAGUGGACAUUAAUUGCACGACAUUUGAAAGGUCGUAUUGGAAAGCAAUGUCGAGAACGAUGGCAUAAUCAUCUGAAUCCGGGUAUUAAAAAAACAGCAUGGACAGAAGCGGAAGAUAGGAUCAUUGUAGAAGCACACCGCAGGGUAGGCAAUCAAUGGGCAAAAAUAGCAAAAUUACUACCAGGCAGAACUGACAAUGCCAUAAAAAAUCAUUGGAAUAGUACUAUGAGAAGAAAAUAUGAAACUGAAGAGGGUAGAUCCACGAGCACAAGAGGGAGAGGUAGAAGAAAAGCCAUAGAAGCAUCAAUAUCCUCUAAGGAUAAUCUUUGUCCAGAAGAGGAUAUUUCCAAUCAGAAUUGUUUAAAAUCAACGAAUAAUGACAAUACCUCAACUCUGACUAAUGUACAGCCACAUACUCUGGGCAUUGAUCAAUUGCAAUGGAGUAGAACUUGGGAUAAUCAACAGAAUAAUCAGACUUUCCAAGGUCUUUUGAAUCUGAAUGAACGGUCGCAUAAUAAUGAAUCUCGUUUAAACUCCCCUUCAAAAACGGGAAGUUCCUUUUCUAGAGUCAAGACUGCACAAAUGUCACCCUUCACAAAGUAUUUCGACUUGCAAAUACAAGGUGAAGCGACUAGUUCAAAAAAUUCAGAAAUCAGAUUAAUGCCUAUGCCAGAUUUGGAAGAGAUUUCUGGUGCUGUAACGGAGAAAGAAAGGAGUAGUCCACCCCCAAUUCUACGUCGACGUAAAAAUACCCAAAUUCUUCAACAGAGGACAGAAACUCCUGAUAAUGUGAGCCAGUCUGAUUAUUUAAUAAUAAAUCAACAGGAACAACAGACUGGUGAGACCACCCCAUCCACACCCAUUAAACAAUUGCCAUUCAGCCCGUCACAGUUUUUGAACAGUCUGAGUCCCGAGACAUCUUCCUGGCCACGAGCGAGCACUCCUAAAGGCAGCAGCCCUGGUCCACUCACCACACCACAACCCACUGGUCUUCGACGAAGUCAAAAUGAUGGCAAUACGCCGAGGACACCAACACCGUUCAAAAAUGCAUUAGCAGAAUUAGAACGGCGCAGCGGCGCGACUACUCAGUUACCUGCUACCCCCAGUCGUUUAGAUGCUCUAACCGAGAUCAUCAAACAGGAAACCGAUCGUGAAAGUUUAGUAGGAACUAGCACUAUUCUUCAAGAUUCUGGUUAUAGUACAAUUAGACGACGGGGUAAAGAGAAUAGUGCUCCUGGCGGAAAGAGAGCACGCAAAGCUCUCUCUCAAGCUUGGGCAAAUGCUUCUCAAGAUAAUUCCGAAAUGAGUUUCGUUGUAGAAACACCCAGUAAAAGUUUGGACACAUCGGUAUUAUUUUCACCAGCAUCCAUGGCAUUAGAAGACAGUUUCCUAACAGCAGGGACUAGUCCCAUAAAGACUUCCCACGACUUUGUGUCCGUACAACGGAAGCCUAAUGCCAAGAGAGCGAUCACAUUCGAUGCAUUCGACAGUCCCUGUUGUAUCCUCAGCCCCUUGCCGCUCAGGCCAGUCAAACGUGCUAAGGUACAUUUAGAAGCACAAUGGGCAACAGUGGCAUGUGGACGUACACGCGAUCAAAUCGAAAUGACGCGAGCUGCUCGACGAUUCCUUAGCAGUCAUGGAUACUUGCCAUUACGUCCUCGUUCUUUGAAUUUUUGAGAGUCCUUUUGUAAACAUGGGGACUCAGUCGCACUUCGUGGUACAAAAAAUGCGACAUUAAACUAGUCGUAAUUAAAAUAAUACGGCACUUCCGUUUAAGGAAUAUAGCCUUUUUCUAUCAAAUUUAUCACAUGAUAUAAAAAAAAAAAAAACACAGGAAAGCAAAGAAAAAAUAAAUCUAUUAGGCAAUUUUACAGGUUGAAUACAAAUGGAUGCAUUAGAAUAAUCUUUUAUGAAUCAUAUAAUUGAUAUAAAAUUGAGAUAUUCUAAUGCAUAGCAUAUGUAUACAAAUAAAUGAAUUUUCUUUUUAUGAAAAAUCCACAGUGCAUCUGAAAUUGUAUUUUAAAAAGAGAAGAAAUGUCACGCUUUAUAAAUACUUAUAUUUAUGAUUCAUUCUCAGUAGGAUAUAUGUGGACCACAAAUAAAUCACAAAAACAAAAAUAAAGCAAGAUAUUUCUACCUUUUUUUGAUAGGAAGUUGUUAUUAUAUUGGCAUAUAGAUAGUGAUGAAUAUAGAAAAAAGAAAUAAAAUCUCAUUUCUUUGCGUAAACAUACUUAUUCCUGAUAGUACAAAUUACAAAUUUAUAUGCAAUUUUUUAAAGAGACAUCAGGAGUCAAUAGUGUUUACAUAAAGAAAUUUUUGUGUGAAUUAAUAUUGAAAACAAUUUAUUUUUUAUUAGAAUAUGAAAAAAUUUUUGCCAUAUAAAGUAGCAACUUCUUAUCAUAUUCGUACGAAUGAUAAAAGAAUAAAAUAAUAGCUGGUUUAUUUGAUACAAUAGUAUAUAUAUUAUAUAAUAUAAAACAAAAGCAUUAUUGCGGCCGUUAUGUACAAAGAGCCUUUGUAACUGGUAUUUAAUUUACAAUUGAAUAAUAAAGACGUGAUAAUAAUCAC